AUGGACUAUCUUACAAGAAGUUUGAACCUUCUUGAGCAAGAUGGAAAUUUCAAAUUUCAUCCUAAAUGUGGAAGGCAAAAAAUAUCUCACCUUAUAUUUGCAGAUGAUUUGUUACUUUUUUGCAAAGGUGAUCUCAAGUCUGUUCAACAAAUCCACCAGUGUAUCAACAGAUUUAGUCAGGUAUCAGGUCUUCAAGCAAAUCCCAAUAAAUGUGCUAUCUUCUAUGGGGGAGUAGAUGAUGCUAUAAAGGAAUCAAUCCAGAAUUACUUGGGAUACACUGAAGGAAAAAAUGCCAAUAAGAUACCUAGGUGUACCUCUUGUAUGCAAGAGACUAAAUUACCUGGAUUGCAACCCUCUCAUAAGCAGAAUCUCCAGUCAAUUACAAAACAGUUUGAAGAACAGAAAACUGUCAUAUGCUGGAAGAUUACAGUGAAAGUGCUGCACAAAGUGGAUGAACUUUGUAGGAAUUUCCUCUGGGGUAAGGGUGAUCUUACAUUUAAACAAUCACUGGUUUCUUGGGACAGAGUGUGCACAAGCAAAUUGUACGGUGGACUGGGAAUUUUCUCAUCUACUAUCUGGAACUUGGCAGUAGCUCUGAAGUUAUUAUGGGACAUCCAUGUGAACAAAGAGUUAUUAUGGAUCAAAUGGAUCCAUGGCAACUAUCUAAAGCAUAUGGAAGUAUGGAGAGUGGAAACGAAAGCUAGUGAUUCUUGGAUGUGGAAGCAGUUAAUUAAAGCCAGGAAUAAAGGCAUUUCUCAAUGUGGAGGAUUGGAAAAUCUGAAGAAUCUAAUCAGUUCUUGCUGCAGGAAUUCAAAAAUCAAGUUGUCAGAUCUAUAUCAUGCUCUAUCUCCUGCUGUCAACAAAGUGCCAUGGAGUAGCAGGUUUUCAGCUUACUGUCAGGUGCUUGUUGACAGUGCAAAAAUGCAAAAAUUUGAGGAAGCUCACAGAAGAAAUAGUUCCAGAGUCUAUUUUUUCGACUGGUUAAGAGGAACUUAG